AUGGCAGAAGCCGAUCAGCCUGGGAAAAUUUUCAUAGGAGGCCUCAACAUUGAGACCAAACAAAAAACUCUUCAAAUAGUAUUUGGAAGAUUUGGACCCAUGGCACAAGUUAUUUUGAUGAAAGAUCGGGAAACUAAGAAGUCUAGAGGCUUUGCUUUCAUUACUUUUCAACAUCCUCUAGAUGCGAAGAAUGCUAUCAGAGAAAUGAAUGGAGUGUCUUUGGAUGGAAAAAAAAUUAAAGUAGAGCAAGCCAGCAGACCAUCACUUGAAAGUGGUAGUCGGCGGAGACCACCACCCAUUUCAAGAGGCAGAGGCUAUUCAAGGAUUCUGAAAUGUGGAAGAAAAGAAAGCAGAACAAGAAGUCACCCUUCACGUGAAGAAAAUUUGGAUGAUUGUGGUUAUACUCCUGAUUUCAACAUGAGUUCUCGGAGACACUUUGCAGUUAAAAGAAGUUUAUCUUCGAGAAAUGAAGGUCCUUCUCUUAAAAGAUCUACUCUUUCUGCUCUGACAAGAAGCAGUACUGGACUGAGAGGACAGGAACCACAUGGUCGAGAGAUUUCCAGAAAUGUACCAAGAAAAGAGACACUGUCUUCAAGAAGAGAUGACUACCUGUUACCAAGGGAUUAUGGACACUCUUCUAAAGACAGAGAAUAUGAAUCAACCUCUAGAGGAUACAGAUACCGUGAUUAUGACUUUUACAGCUCUCGGGAUGAACAUGCGUCUAAAGUCUUCAGUGAACAUGCUGGCUAUAGUGGAGGACAGGGUAGAGAUUAUUCUGAAUAUUCUAGUGGAAGCUCAUACAGAGAUACCUAUGAAAGUUAUGGUAACUUCCGUGUGGCACCAUCUGCAAGAGGGACUUACAGAGGAAACAACCGCUAUGAUGACUAUCGUAGCUCACGAGAUGGAUAUAGUGGAAGCCAAGAAAAUUACUCAAGCAGCCGAAGUGAUACAUACUCAAGUGGUUAUGAACAUAGCGGUAGGCAAGGAAUUCAUCCACCUUUUGAUAGGGAAUAUCCUGAGUGUGGGAUCAGACAAGAACGAGAGCAUUCACCUAUGGAUAGGAUAUAUAUGCCAUCUCGUGAAUCAUACAGUAGUAUCAAGGUUUGGGAGCUCUAUUGGAGGUCAUGGAGAAAGCAGAUAUGA